CUUCACUGGGUAUUUUGCUUCAUGCACUCGUAUGAGGAAGAGUUUUUCACUUCCAUCCUCCAGCAACGCCAGUAAAAAAUCAUAUUUGAGGUGAAACCAUGCACAGAGCUAUGGAUAAACUGAGGAUUGUGCUUCUUGGAAAAACAGGUGAUGGAAAAAGCAGCUGUGGAAAUACAAUACUUGGUGAAACAUUAUUCCGUGCUGAAAAUUCACCUAACCCAGUAACUCAGGAAUCAGAAUUCAACACAAAGCUCAUAAACAACAGGGAAAUAAUGGUGGUUGACACACCUGGAUUUUUUGGUAGUAAUAUUACUCAGGAGAAAUUAAAUUCUGAAAUAUUACGGUGUAUUAUCCAGUGUGCACCAGGACCACAUGCCUUUAUGAUUGUGCUCAAAGUUGGAAGGUACACAGAGCAUGAGCAGGCCACUGUGAAACAAAUCACAGCUUCAUUUGAAAAGGAAGUUCUAAAAUAUGCAGUGGUCUUGUUCACCCAUGGUGAUGAACUCUCUGAAGACCAGAUGAUUGAAGACUUUGUAAAGCAGAAUGAAGAGCUACAGGAUCUUGUAGAGAAGUGUGGAGGUCGAGUUCAUGUCAUUGAUAAUAAAUACUGGAAGCAGGAACAGGAAGGAUACAGGAGCAACAGAGUUCAGGUAGAGAAGCUACUGAACACCAUAGAGGAGAUGGUGAAGGAGAAUGGAGGACAGUACUACAGUAAUGAGAUGCUGAGGAAGAUUAACAGACAAAUAGAGGCGGAGCAAGAGAUUAUUAGAAGUGAGUUAAAUGGAGAGUUGGAAGACAUGAAAAUGAGAGAAAUAGCAAUGAAUAGAGUGCACAAAAAAAUGUUAGCAAAAUUCAAAGGGUCAACAACAGAGGUGUUACUCGGUGCCUUGUUUGGUGUUGGAGCUUUACUUGUCGUUGUGCUAGCUAGGCUCAUUUAGGCCUUAACAUUAUUUACAUAGAAAAGACAGAAAAUAGUACACAGAGCAGUGUGUUACUUUGUGUUUUCCAAAGGAAAGGAUAAAACUGAUCUGUAUGUUGUAUAGUGUAAACUUUAAUAAGAGUUAUGUACUUUGAAAAUUAGUAUGUGGAAUGAUGCAUGUAUUUAAAAUAUUUAAUGUAAAGAUUAAUCUGAGGACCGUUUGUACACAGCUUGUGUUUCUUUGCGUAUUUAGUAAUUUCUCUCAGUGAGUUCAAGCUUUUGUGUAGUCUAAACAAAAUUAAAAUUCUAAUAUAUAUCAGAUUUACUGCAUAAACAUACAAACAUAGAUGCCACAUUUGGUUCAGCCAGGCAUAUCAAUACCUCUGCCAGACUGCAUUCAGUACAGCGACAGUGUGGAAGUUUAAGACAAGCACCAUCCAAAAUUAUACUAUAUAAAGGACAUGGCACUCAGGAGGCUGAGCAGGACUAUAUACCAUGGAUAACAUGGCAAUUGAUAUUGAGGUUUGUGUGAUGUUUAUGUAUAGAUAAGGCCAUGUUGUUAGUGUAGCACAGAUCAUCCAUUGGAGUUUUUGUAUCAAGCUUAUAUCAUUUUAUACAGUAAAUCUUCACCUGAUGUGAACUAUUAUUCUACUUUUGAUAUUGUUAUUAUUAAGCAAAUGUGCAUUGUAAGUCCACCCAUACCUUAAUCAAUUGUAUAAUACUUAUAUUAGAUUAACAUAUCCUUUCUGCUUUUGUAUGAUAUGUAUUUUCUGGCAUGAAGCUUAAGAUUCACACAUUGCUGGGUUUGCUAAUGUCUGACACCAUUGUGUUUGUACUAUAGCAUACACUAAAAUCAUGGUGUCAGUCUUAAUGUCAUAUUGCCAGUUGCAGACUGUUGACAUUUGAAGAAGUUAUUGAGAAUAAACUACACAGUCGUGCACUUUUAAAGAGAAUUUAUUUCAAGACGUCUUCAUAGAGAGAUGUUCACAGAUCACCGGUUCAUUUCGUUCUCCCACAGGGAGCGGGAGAAAACAACAACUGGCACAAACAGUCUUCUUGCUCAAAGUCUCAAGGUUAUAGGAAAAAUACAGAACAUUCUAAGAUGACCUGACAGAAUGAUUAUUCUGAUAAACAGAACCAGACAGAAUAAGCAUAUAGGAGUUAUACAAUUAACCACAAUCCAACAAGACUGACCAAAUUUCUGCUACUGGACAGCUAGUUGCCCGCACAUUCUCAAUAAUGAGAUAAAAAUAAAAAUAAAUCAAGAGAAUGAUAGCAAUCCAUGCAACAUAGCUGCCCAGGUAUUGUAUCAAUUUAUUUUAAGCUUUUCAUAUGUACACAUGUGAAAGCAAACCGUAAAAAUAAAGAAAUCUGCAUGGCACUUUGUGACCAUUCCUUACAGAACACUCAAAUGGAGCUCUUCCUUUGGACUAUUACACUUGUAUUUACAUCUGGUGUCUUUGCAUUAAUGUCUUUGCAUUAAUAAUAAAUUAUUAAAAUGAUCAUAUAUAAUUAUUUUUAAAAUCUUUAUCAUAAGCAUAUUGAUUGUGUGUUUUUGAUCUUUGUUUUUUUGCUAAAGAGGGAUAAUGUAACUAUCUUUAGUAUCAGAGAAAUCCAUUAGAAAUUCAUUGUAAAUCUAAGUGUUACUUCACUCUGUCACUUGUUGUGGCUUAAGUUUAUCAGCUUUCUUUGUUUCAAUCAACAUUUCAUGAAUAGCCAGCUGUUAAUAAGCCAUAGUGGUAUGAAAAUUAAACAUAAAAAUAAUCAGCAGCAUGCAGAAAUGUCUGAUUGUAACAAUACAAGAAAACUUGUUGAGAAUAACAGACAACAUGCCAUCUAUAUAUGUAUAUCUAUCUUGUACUGCAUAUAAACUGGAAUAUUCCUUUUAAGGGUUACACAUUCAAUUGAUUUUGAUUAAUCUUUGUGUAAACAUCUCUGUCAGUGAAUAAAAAU